GAAAUCGAAGCCAAGAAAGCUUGUGACUGGCUGCGAGCGGCGGGAUUCCCUCAGUAUGCCCAGCUUUAUGAAGACUCGUUGUUCCCUCUCGACAUCGGCGCUGUGAAGAAGGACCACAGCUUCCUGGACCAGGACUCCCUCAAAUCCCUGUGCAGGAGGCUGAUGACCCUGAACACAUGUGCCUCCAUGAAGCUGGAAGUCCACUUUCAACGUAAACAGAAUGAAGACUCCGAGGAGGAAGACCUGUGCGCCAUCAGUGACCGGUGGGCUUUUCAGAGGGACAGCAAGAGGUGGUCCCGGGUGGGCUCCGUCGACGUCCUCUCCCAGGGCUCCGAGGUCCUGAGCUCCACCAUGCGGCUGGCGUCCAGCCACGAGAGCGUCCUCACGGACCUCAGCACCAACCCGGAGGCUGCGUCCCUGCACAGCAGUGGCAGCACGCUGGGCGUCGGGGCCACGCCGCCCGACCCCCCGUCCCCCAUCCUCCCCCCCGCCGCCAUCACCACCUCCAGCCGCAGCGUGAGUGAGCGCUCCUUGCCGGAGCAGCCCUCGAGCCACGGCGAGGGCUCCAAGGAGAAGCUGAAGAAGCGACGGUCUCGCAGCUUCCUUAAGAGGAUCGAGUCCCUCCGAAGGAAGGACAAAGAGAAAGCUGGCCCAGAUGAGAAGGCGGCCCCACAUGGCAGCAUCACAGCCACAUCAGGAUGGGGGUCCCUGAAGACUAAUGGGGACCUUGCAGCCACCAAGGGCAACUCCCCUAAAAGAGGGAUAUCUGCCUCUUUCCAUGGCAAAAAACAUUUCUUCUCGGUAUCGUACAGGACUAACCGCUUGCUAGGUUCAGGCGGGAGCAAGGUGAGCUCUGACUCGAAACGCAGUGGAGUCUACCUGGAGGACUAUGAAACGGCCGUGACAGCCAGCGGCGACUGGGCUGCUGGAGAGUGCCAGCACCGGCAGGCAUGCCGGGGGGAUUGCUUGGUCUACAUCCCCCGGGACCACAAGCCGGGCACCUUCCCCAAAUCCCUCUCCAUCGAGAGCUUGUGUCCCUUGGGCGGCAGCUCCCUGACCCACUGGAAAUCGGGGAACGCGCCUGUCGGGCUGGUGGGAGGCUGCGACUUCUCUGCCUGCAUAGACCGAAAGCUGCGCUGGCACAGCUUCCAGAACUCGCACCGGCCCAGCCUGAACUCUGCCUCCCUGGAGAUCAACCGCCAGUCCUCUGCCCAGCUCAACCUGCUCCAGAAGUGCUCCCUGCUCCGUCUCACGGCCAUCAUGGAGAAGUACUCUGUGCCCCACAAGCAAGCCUGGACGUGGACUGUGCCCAACUUCUCAGGGGUGAAGUCCCGGAUUCAGGCGCUCCGGCACAUGAAUGAAACCAGCCCCGACAACGUCAACUACGACGGGCAGUCGGCGUACGACGUGGCUGACCUGCUGAAGCAGUAUUUCCGUGACCUGCCGGAGCCCAUCUUCACCAGCAAGCUGACGGACACCUUCCUGCAGAUCUACCAGUUCGUGUCGAAGGAGCAGCGGCUGCAGGCGGUGCAGGCGGCCAUUAUCCUCAUGCCGGACGAGAACCGGGAGGUGUUGCAGACCUUGCUUUACUUCCUGAGCGACAUCGCUUCUGCGGAGGAGAACCAGAUGACCGCUGGGAACCUGGCCGUGUGCCUGGCCCCCUCCAUCUUCCACCUCAACGUGUCCAAGAAGGAAAGCACCUCGCCGAGGGUGAUACAUAAGAGGGGCACCAUGGGGAAGCCUGACCAGAAGGACCUCAACGAGAACAUGGCUGCGACGCAGGGGCUCUCCCACAUGAUCACGGACUGCAAGAAGCUCUUCCAGGUAUCCCACGACAUCUUGCUCCAGCUGAGCAGCUCGUAUAUGGCAGCAGAUGCUUACCCCCAUCCCCUGGCUGACUUCGUGUGUCAGGGGGAAAGCAAGGAUUUACACUCCUACUUCGAGCAGAGCGUCCAGAGCCUGCUCAAAGAAUCGUCGGAGAAAUUCAAGGGGUGGCUGAGCACCCCGGGGCCCCUGAACACGGAGCUCUCCUGCAAAAAGGUUGGGGAUGGGCACCCUCUGCGCUUGUGGAAGGUCUCCACGGAGGUCGAGGCCCCUCCCACCACGGUGCUGCACCGGGUGCUUCGGGAGCGUCACCUCUGGGAUGAGGACCUGCUGCAGAGCAAAGUGGUGGAGGCCCUGGACAAGAACCUGGAGGUCUACCACUACGUCACGGACAGCAUGGCACCCCACCCGCGCAGGGACUGCGUGGUGCUCCGGCGCUGGCACACGGACCUGCCGCGGGGAGCCUGCCUGCUCAUCUCCAUCUCGGUGGAGCACGACAAGCUGCCGGUGGAGGGAGGCGUCAAAGCUGUCGUGCUGAUGUCCCAGUACCUCAUCGAGCCCAGCGCCAUGGGACGCUCCAAAGUGACCCACAUCUGCAGAGCUGACCUCAGGGGCCGGUCUCCCGAGUUUCAGUGGGGGCUGGAUGGAUGA